AUGGCACCAUUUGAGGAAUUGGAUAGUAGGUGGUGUCGUUCUCCAAUUGCUCAGAGUAGACAAAAGAGUUGUGCGAACCAAAAGGUUCGUGAUUUAGAGUUCAUAGUUGGGGAACGAGUUCUGUUAAAGGUUUCUCCCAUUAAGGGUGUGAUGAGGUUUGGGAAGAAAGGGAAGUUGAGUCCGAGGUUUAUUAGCCCAUUUGAGAUAGUUCAGCGUAUUGGUGAGGUGGCUUAUGAGUUAGCACUACCUCUGGGUCUUUCGGGUGUUCACCUAGUUUUUUAUAUUUUGAUGCUGAAGAAGUACCAUUCGAAUGGUUCUUAUGUGAUUCGGAGGGAUUCGAUGUUGCUUGAUCAGAACCUGAUUUUCGAGAAGGAGCCAAUAGCUAUUUUGGACAGGCAGGUUCAAAAGUUGAGAUCAAAAGAAAUAGCUUCAGUGAAAGUGCAAUGGAGGCAUCGUCAUAUCGAGGAGGUGACUUGGGAGACCGAGUCUGAUAUGCGGUCUUUAUAUUCCUAG